AUGUUGUUAUUAACGAGUAUUUAUUUGUACAUAAUUGCGGGAUUAUUUUUUUGGUAUUUGUGGUCGCGCCGUAAAUACUAUUGGCUAUCAUGGAAAAUGAAUUCAUUGCUUGGAUUACCAUUUCUUGGUGUUGCAUUAAAUGUGAAAAAUCAAGAAACUAUUUUACAAUUUAUUGAGGAUGCCCGUAAAAAAAUAAUUCCACGUUUUGGAAUUGUUUGGUUUGGUCCAGAACCUUUUUUUUAUGUUGGUGAGCCUGAAAUGAUGAAAAAAAUUUUCACCUCAUCAAAUUUUAUCAAUAAAGCAGAUUAUUAUAAAAUUGUUGGGAAGCAUUUUGGCGAAGGAUUAUUUUCAUCUGAAGUUCCAACUUGGAAUAAACAUCGUAAAUUAAUCGAACCAGCAUUUCAUAUUAAUAUAUUAAAAAGUUUUUUACCAAUUUUUAAUGAGCAAGCUGAUAUUCUAGUUAAAAAAUUAAAGCAAUAUUCUGGUAAUGAUAUGAAAGAAUUCAAUAUAGUACCUUUAUGUCAAUUAGCAACUUUGGAUAGCAGUUGUCAAACAACAAUGGGGAAAGUUAUGAAUUUUCAAUUGAAUCAAAACAUGGAUAUUUCAAAUUCUUAUAGCAACAUUUUGAGGUUAAUUACAAAAAGGAUGUUCAACCCACUUUACCAUUUUGAUUUUAUAUUUGAAUUAACUAAAUGGGGAAAAAUUUUACACGAAUCACAACAAUGCUUAAAAUUAUUCGUAACUAAGCUGGUUCAUCAAAAAUUGGAAGAACGUAAAUAUUCUAAAAUAGAAAAUUUCAGGGAAAAUAACAAUGAGUAUCGUGAAAUUGACUGUGAUCAAAAUGAAUUUUUAAAAUCUAAUAACAUAUUUAUUGAUCUUCUAAUUGAAUUCUAUAAAAGAAGAAUAUUUAAUUGGGAAGAUCUGGAAAAUGAAUCUAAUAUAAUGAUAUCUGCGGCUUAUGAAACAUCAGCGAAUACUGUAGCAUACACUAUAAUUUGUUUAGCAAUGUUUCCUGAAUAUCAAGAACGUUUAUUUCUUGAAUUAUUACAACAAUUUCCAGAAAAAAAUUUUAAUGUUUCUGCAGAUGAUUUAUCAAAAUUAUCUUAUUUAGAGAUGUGUAUUAACGAGAACAUGAGAUUAAUGGCACCAGUGCCUUUAGUAGGAAGAAAAGGUAUUGAAAAUUUUCCAAUACAAUCUGAAGGAAUUUGUUUACCGAAAGGAGUACAAAUUAUACUCGAUAUAUUUGGCAUGCAACGUGAAAAGGCGAUAUGGGGUGAAAAUGCACUUACAUAUUAUCCGGAUCAUUUUUUGCCAGAAAAUUUGAAAUCUAUCCACACAUUUGCAUUCUCACCAUUUACACGUGGAAUUCGUACUUGCAUUGGUUCUAAAUAUGCAAUGCUGUCAAUCAAAACAAUGUUGGCGAAAAUUCUAAGAAAUUACAGAUUUGAAACAGAUUACAAAUUAGAUGACAUACAAUUUGUAGAGGAUGUAACAUUAAAAAUGAAAAAAUAUCCCUUACUAAGAAUUUAUGAAAGAUAA